GCGAGUCGUUGGGAGUGGAAACGUCUGAAGGCCAAGGCUCCAAAGAACGGCCCGCCCCCCUGCCCCCGCCUUGGACACAGCUUCUCUCUGAUUGGUAGUUCCUGCUACCUGUUCGGAGGGCUGGCCAAUGACAGCGAAGACCCCAAGAACAACAUCCCCAGGUAUCUGAACGACCUGUACUGUCUGGAGCUGCGUCCGGGCUCCAGCGUGGUUGGCUGGGAGAUCCCGCUGACGUCGGGUCAGCCACCGCCGCCUAGGGAAAGCCACACUGCGGUGGUGGCGAGCGGCCGUGGAGGAAACAGACUCAUCAUCUACGGAGGGAUGAGUGGCUGCAGACUGGGAGACCUGUGGGUGCUGGACAUAGACUCUCUGAUGUGGAGUAAACCGGCUCUCAGUGGAACCGCCCCCCUUCCUCGCAGCCUCCACUCUGCUACUACCAUCAACAACAAGAUGUAUGUGUUUGGGGGGUGGGUUCCUCUGGUGAUGGAUGAUGUCAAAGUGGCAACUCAUGAGAAGGAGUGGAAGUGUACCAACACACUGGCCUGCCUCAACCUGGACACAAUGUGCUGGGAGACAGUCCUGAUGGACAGUGUGGAGGAGAACGUCCCCAGAGCGCGAGCAGGUCACUGCAGCGUCGCCAUCAACUCCAGACUCUACAUCUGGAGUGGCAGGGAUGGAUACAGGAAGGCCUGGAACAACCAGGUGUGCUGCAAGGACCUCUGGUACCUGGAGACAGAGCGUCCCUGUGCCCCCUCUCGGGUGCAGCUGGUUCGGGCCAACACAUCGUCUCUGGAGGUGAGCUGGGGGCCGUCACAGACCGCCGACACCUACCUGCUGCAGCUGCAGAAGUACGACAUUCCCGCCACACCUGCGGCCGCCUCAGCUGCCCCUUGCUCCACCCCCAUCGCCACACCUGGGGCCAGCUCCCCCAAAAGCCCCACCCCCGUCGCCAUGACACCAGCUAACCAGACUGUCCCACUGUCCAGUAUCAGCCUGGUCCCCCCCCCCACUGCCUCUGUACCUGGAAGUCCACUGGCUGCUGCUGCCAAAGCACCAG